GCGGAACCGUGGAGGCUCCUCCCGGGAGGAAAUUUCAGUCAGGUCUCGAGAUUUGGCGCUCUUGUCUCUCUGCGACACUUCGCCCAAGAAACUCGGUCUGAGACCCAAGAACUCAUCUCUGCCUCGCGCCCUGCCCCCCUCGUUUCUCAGACACAUACUGAGACUUCCUGCGAAGAACCGACUUAAUAAAAAACUGUCAAUUCUUAACCAGCCAAGUUUACACUGUUGCUGGGAAGCGCUGCUGCUGGUAUCCCUGGAGCUAUUUGUGGUUUUCUGCCGUUCUUCCGUGGUUGAAUUUUUGUUUCAGGUGGACGGUGAAACGUGCUUAACGUCUCCUUGGAUGUCACGGAGCAUCAGCCUACAAACUGCCCCACCCUCGUAAGAGCCUUACCUUUGACUCAGCUUGCGGACAUAAAAAUAGCCAAGGUUUAUUAAGCUCUUGGGGCCUCCCAGGUGGCGCUAAUGGUAAAGAACCGCGCCUGCCAGUGCAGGAGACGAGAGAGACUCGGGUUACAUCUCUGGGUGGAGAAGAUCCUCUGAAGGAGGAAUGGCAACCCACUCCAGUAACCCUGCCUGGAGAAUCCCAUGACCAGGGGAGCCCGGCAAGGUACAGUCCAUAGGAUCGCAAAGAGCUGGACACGACUGAAGCGAUUUAGCACACAUUAAGCCGAAGAAUUGAUGCUUUUGAACUGUGGUGUUGGAGAAGACUUGAGAGUCCCUUGGACUGCAAGGAGAUCCAACCAGUCCAUCCUGAAGGAGAUCAGUCCUGGGUGUUCAUUGGAAGGACUGAUGCUGAAGCUGAAACUCCAAAACUUUGGCCACCUCAUGCGAAGAGUUGACUCAUAGGAAAAGACCUUGAUGCUGGAAGGGAUUGGGGGCAGGAGGAGAAGGGGACGACAGAGGAUGAGAUGGCUCGAUGGCAUCACCGACUCGAUGGACAUGAGUUUGAGUAAACUCAACUCCGGGAGUUGGUGAUGGACAGGGAGGCCUGGCGUGCUGCGAUUCAUGGGGUCGCAAAGAGUCGGACAGGACUGAGCAACUGAACUGAACUGAAGCUCUUACCAUGUACUUGCCAUUUUAUAUUAUCUCAUUUAAUCCUUAUGUCAAGCCUGUAACUAUCCCAGUCUUAUCUAUUAUUUUCCACUGCUUAUCAUGUUCUCGAUACUCUACUACUAACUCAAAAUGGCAACCCACUCCAGUAUUCUUGCCUGGAGAAUCCCAUGGACAGAAGAGCCUGGCAGGCUACUGUCUAUGGGGUCGCAAGAGUCGGACUCGACUUAGAGACUAAACAACUACUACUACCUCACUUAGUAGUUUUAAAACUGUUUAUGUUAGGUAAUAUUACUCUCAUAAGGCCAGAGAGGUGAGCUCACAUAGCUAAAAGUAUAGGUUUGGGGAUUUAAAUCCAGAUGGAUAGAAUUCCAGAGCCUGCACCACCAAACUGGACAACCACUUGGACCCUCUCAUUGGGCAUGAGAGUCAAAGCUUUGGCUCCACUCAGAACUCCAGUUCCAGCUAUGGAAAUUCAUAAAUCCUCAGUUGCUACCACCAUCAAUGAAUUAAGAAAAUGGAAAAAUCCCAGUUUGCUUGUAGAGAAAGUUACUCAAAGCAGCGUCUGGUAUGCCAUCUACAAAACUUUAACGCCUGAGCAAACCACCUUUCAGGGUCACCAGGCAGGUUCUUCGGACCCAGAAAAAGAAAGUAUUCUCUACUCUAACCGAGCAGCCUGCCACCUGAAGGACGGGAACUGCACCGACUGCAUCAAGGACUGCACUUCAGCACUGGCCCUGGUUCCCUUCAGCAUGAAGCCCCUGCUGCGGCGAGCGUCAGCCUACGAGGCCCUGGAGAAGUACCCCCUGGCCUACGUGGACUACGUGACCGUGCUGCAGAUCGAUGACAGCGUGACGUCAGCCUUGGAAGGCAGCAGCAGAAUGACCAGAACUCUCAUGGACUCCUUUGGGCCCGAGUGGCGCCUGAAGCUGCCCUCUAUUCCCUUGGUGCCUAUUUCAUCUCAGAAGAGGUGGGAGUGUCUGCCUUUGGAAAACCACAAAGAGACAUCUAAAAGCAAAUCCAAAGAAACCACAACCGUGAAGAGCAGAGUGCCUUCUGCUGGGGAUGUGGAGAGAGCCAGAGCUCUGAAGGAGGAAGGCAAUGAGCUUGUAAAGAAGGGGAACCAUAAGCAAGCGAUUGAGAAGUACAGUGAGAGCCUCUGGUUUAGUAACUUGGAAUCCGCCACGUACAGCAACAGGGCGCUCUGCCAUCUGCAGCUGAAGCAGUUCCAGGAGGCGGUGAAGGACUGCACAGAAGCCCUCAGGCUGGACGGAAAGAACGUGAAGGCGUUCUACCGCCGGGCUCAAGCCUACAAGGCUCUCAAGGACUUCAGAUCCAGCUUUGCAGACAUCGACAGCCUCCUGGAGAUAGAGCCUAGGAACGGCCCUGCGCGGAAGUUGCGGCAGGAGGUUAACCGGAGCUUAAACUAAAAUCCCAGAAGGGCAGCAGGACACCUGUCUGCCUGAGCGCCUUCUUUGCCUGCUCCCGGGACCUGGCGGGCCCCUGAGUGGGCUCCGAAGUCGCCGCGUCUGCCCCUCAGAGACGUGAUGGCCUCCCACCCCUCAGGAGGCUCCGCCUGUUCACGUUAAGCUCAGUGUAGUCAGAAACCAGACGUUUUGUUGGGAAAGUCUCCCCCUGUUCUGCACACCGUGUGGCGACAGGUGCUCGGCCUGGUCUCGGCCCAGCAUGCUCCAGCCCCAGUGCUGCCCUUCAGCGUCACCAGGUCCUCUCACCCCCGUCCAUCUGGGCGCUCAGAAAGCUGACAGUCCCGUGGGACACAGGCUGGUGGGGGGAGGAGGACUGGAAAACCCUGGCCCGCCUACACCCACGGCAGCCAGUUGAGCUGGUUCUCCAAGGCUGCCGACCCCUCCCCUGUCCUUGGCACAGCGCUCCGUGUUCCGAGCCCCAGUGCCUUUUGGCCGAGCCUCCUAUGACAGGGAUGCAGAACCUGUCCCCUGGCCAGCGUUUGUGGCUCUGUGCUGCUGUUGCCCACAUAAAGAUACCUAAGUUCUUUCAAGAGCCCAGAGGUGUGGCUGCUGCUCCUGAGGGUGGGAUGGGGAGAAACCUCCUUGAAAUUUGUGUCCUUCCCUUCCCAGCAGGGACUUGCCUUUUGACUCCCACAGUGCCCCCCUAGGCCAGCCCCCCCAGCCUUCUUAGUUCUUUGUAAUACGUUGAAGUUAAUUUGAACUGAACAGACUGACUUUUGUUGAACUGCAAGUUUAAGCAACUGCAUUAACGUCAUCUACGUGAAUGUCUGUUGUACUUUCAUUUAUGGUUCUUCUGCUUUGGUUCACUUUGGAACUUUGCAAUAAUAAAAAACUGGUUAUGGUGCACUCA